AUGAUCAAAGAGGUGAAAGCGCAAGGAGCGCAUGGAAGGAAGGCCGUCGCUGAGGUCGGAGGCGAAGGGGGAGGAUACGCAGGUCUCCCCUCGACCUCACCUCCCAGUGCUCUAACACAGAACAACAACGUAGCUUCAGGAGCAGCAGCGGAGGUCGAGCAUGCGCCUGGAGGCGGGAGGCUGCGAGCGGCCGCAGGAGCUGUGCCAGAGGGGAAGAGGCGAGCAUCGCCCAAGAGGGCAGAGAGGAAGGCAUCGCCUGCCUUGCAAGGCAGCGAAAUGCACGGGAACCAUCGACAUGAUGGGCAUGACACCAACAUUUACAUCCCUCGGAUGGAGAGAGGAGAGCAGCGGCAGAAGGGUGCGAUGAAGCACGAGGAAGAGCAUGACGUGUGGCCUCAGAUCGAAGACAUUCUCAACAACCCAAACGUGGAAGAUUACGAGUUCUUGGCAGCUGAUGCUUCGAAGCAUGAUCCCUACCAGACACCAAGCUACCCUGCGAGCACUGUUGAGAAGAUGGAGUUACAGCUGAGGGCUGCACAGCAACUGCAGAAAGUUGCAGAGAAGGAGAAAGCGGAGGCAGAGGAGAAGAUGGAGGCGAUGAUGAAGGAGCUCAACCUUCUGCGGGCCAACCUAGCUGGGCGUGAAGUGCUACAUAAAGAUUCCUACCUCCUGAACAUGGAACUCGAGGAAGAAAAGAAGAAGAAUGCAAGGCUCCGCGAUGCGAUUGAGAUCCUCAAGAUCGACAAAGAGACUGCAAUCGACAUGCUGAGGAAGGAGCGGGAGGAGUUCCAGAUCAAGCUGGCAGCCAAAGACUUUGAGAUCGUGGAGCUGAGACGAGCAUCAGCGGUGUCCGUCAUUCAGAUGCAGCCUGCAUAUGUGAACGGUCAUAGCAAUCCUAUCCAUCGAGCCACCUCCGGCAACAUCGUCCAGCACUCUGCGCCUCAUCACCACCACGGUUCCAGGGGGCCGCGAGCAACCGUGGCAGAGAGCAGCUUCCAGGAAAAUCGACUUUCCUUCCAGCUCCCCCUACCAAAGCAGGUGCAUGCUCCUGCCAUUGCUGCCAGAUCUUUCCAGGGCAAUGGGAAGCCGCAGGCGGAGGAAGGGAAGGAGGAGCAAGCAGCGAGCUUUCUGGAGAAGGGUAUGGAACUUCCUGCGGACGAAACUUCUACCAACGACUGUCCGCCCGGCUUCACUCGCCAAUUUCUGCAUCAAGAGCAGAAGAUCCACGGCGAUGUUGAGUCGCAGCAUCUCAAUAUCCCUUACAUGACCGUCGUCAACCCGCACAGCCUGCCGUCAUUGAACAGUUCAGCUGCUGAAUUUCCCAACGACGGGGUCCUGAGGCUGCCGGGCAACGUCAGCCUCCAUAUGUUGCAGUGUUAG